UGUGGAGGGUUGAGAGGUCUUGUGACCAUGACAACACUACAACGCCACCGACCCCCACCCUAGAGUCAUGUGACCAUAUAAGCGCUUGGUUGUGACGUCAGCCAGGGAGGGGAGCUGUUUUCAAGGAGCUGUCAACGUGUGUUAUGAACUGGAAGGGAAGGAACCCUGUCCAGUCUGUCAGGCAGUGACCUCUAGGGAUCAGCCACCAGCACACCGUGACCAGGACUUAGAGGGCCUGGCGGCAGGAAGUGAUGAGGUUCUUUGUUCUGAGUUGGAGCCAGGCAAGGGAAACAACAGGUUGGCUGGCCAAGCUAUGGCAACAGGAACUCUGCAGGGGCCUGAAGUCUUUACCAUAGUUUUGGCAGGAAGGUAAAACCCAGCAGGAAAGGUUAUUCACACCAGUGAUCCAAACUGUAACAGCAAAGACGAUGCUUCCCACUGGAUUGUGGAGGGGAUUGCACACAGAAUGACAGAAGGAGCCCUCAGAUGUUACAGCAAUGUGAGAACUCGAGCGUUCCCAUUUUGAGCAUGGAGAUGUCUACAAGAAAAAUCUGAGCUGGAUCAGCACAUGAACGCCUUGUUAAUUUAGCAAGGAGACUAGAGACCCUAUCCUUUGGAACUGGAUAACACUUGGGCAGUGCAAAAACAGUGUAUGGUCCUUGUUGAUCCUAAACAUGAUUCUUCUAGCUCAUUAACCAGACUAUAGCCAUGGCCGCCCUUUUUACGGAUAAGACCCUGAUUGUGAAUAACAAAGACAGUGAUGAGUUAGAACUGGAACGUGAGCUGAUCCGAGCUCUGGAGAACAAGGUCAUGCUCCUCUAUUUUGGCUCUGCUGACUGUCCUCGAUGCCAGGAGUUUGCACCCAUCCUAAAAGAGUUUUUUGUGAGACUCACAGAUGAAUUUUAUGUGGAGAGAGCAUCCCAGCUGGUUCUGGUCUACGUGUCACUAGAUGAGACUGAAGAGAAGCAAGAUACAUUCCUGAAGACCAUGCCCAAGCAUUGGUUGUUUUUACCCUUUCAAGAUGAGUUCAAGAGGGAACUGGAAUUAAGAUUUUCUGUGAAGGACCCACCAGUAGUGGUGGUGUUGAAACCAAAUGGAGAGGUCAUUGCUGCAAAUGCCACAGAGGAAAUCAAGCAGUGGGGCACAGCUUGCUUCCAGAACUGGUUUGAGGCAGCCGAACUGGUGGAUAGGAACUUCCUCUUGGCACAGGAAUUUGACAAUGUGGCUCUGAAGAGUAUCACUGAUCCCAUUCGCCGGUUCAAAUACAAGCUGAAACAGAAGAAAAGAAGGAAAAGAAGCCAAGAAGAAGAGGAUGAUCUGUUCUCCUGAUGGGACAUUUCUUCCCUUUUGGAGUUCUUUGAAGGCAAACUUGAUUCUUCCCAACACAAAGCCUAUGAACAGGAUGGUGUGUGCAAUCUACAGCACUAUGCAAGCACAGAAACUGUUCAUUGGACAUAACAUUGAGACUUCUGAGAACUUCAGUUUUCUUUCUUCUUCUUCUUCUUGUGGGUAGCCUUCAUGAUUGCGAAAAUACUCUUGCAAACCCUUAUCCAGUAUGUACCUCUGCACAGACUGUGAUCUUCUAGCAAGAAGAGUUUGACGCCCUUCAACAGCCUAACUCAGAUUGCCAUUCACUAGAAACAGGACUUAUUCUGUGGUGGCACCUUCCUUGUGCAACACCCUCCCAUUAGAAACCCCCUCUCUUGAUUCUUCUGAUCAGAAGGUUUUUUAAAGCUGUGAAAGCAUUUUAUGGCAUCAGGCAUUUGUAGUUAAUGCUGUCAGGCCAUCUUCUGUUCUAUGUGCUUAUGAUAUUUAUUCGUUUUGUAUCUGAUCAUGGGUUUUA